ACUUGGCAUAAGACGAACGGAUAUUUUGACUGUGGAAAACGCAAAAGUGAAGAGGUUGAGUCCGAAAAGUAACACGAAGUAACACGAAAGAAACUAAUUAUAACAUCGUCCCCGAAUUCACGUGAACCAACUCGAAGAAGAGAAGCUUUAAACUGUAAUUCAAUCGACCAAUGAUAGUCGAGAAUAUCAUGCGAUUGGCAAGGUUUGGAAGUCUCGAUUGGCCAAUUUGCUUACUAUUUGUGUUUUUUUUCUCGGUCGAUUUAAUAUAUACAACAUUUAAUAAAUGCAAUUAUUGUAUCACUUAUUUUAUAUAAAAUAUUCAUAUGCAUAUACAACAUUUUACUUUGCGUAUCUAUCAAACUAAUCUCUACAGCGAUGUCGAAUUUCUGUGAAUUUAUCACGUAAUUUGGUACGAUAUUUUAAAGUUACACAGUGAAUUAUUCGGGUAAUUCAAACUACAUAUAUAUUCACAUACCACACCACAGUUAUGGGAAGAAUUUGUUGCAUCUCAGGAUGUACCUCGGGAAGAGAUGCACCUUCUCAUCAGAUACCCAAGAAUCCAGAGCUCUUCAAAAAAUGGAAGAGUAUGAUUUAUUCUGAGAAAAUUCAACACCUGACCGAUGAGCAGAUAAGCAAGUGCGUUGUUUGUUAUCGUCAUUUUGCAAAUGAGGAUUAUUUAGUAACUUACAAAGUGAGAAAGCUGAAACGUGGUGUUCCACCUUCCUUAAAUUUGCCAAACAGACCGAUUCAGAGAGAAUUAAUAUCAGAAUCAGAUACAAACGUAAAUAUAUCUACUGAGAUAACAUCAACAAUAAAAACAGAAGAAACAUUUGUGCCUGGAUUAUUUGAGGAUCUUCCAGAAACAUUGGAACCUCCUUUGCUUAAACAACCAUCAACUCUUCAAGUAAUCUCUGAAGUGGACCAACAAUUAGACAUGAGUAUGAAUCAAACCAGUUUGACAGUAUACAAAACAAGUCAUAGAAGCAGAAUAAUGACAAGAAAACAAACAAGAUUAACAGAAAAGCAAUUGAUAUUGCUCAAAUGUAAAAAACAAGCCGAAAUUUAUACAAAAACACCUACGAUACAAAAGCUCUUAUCUUCUUUAACAGCCACUAAAAAAUCAUUUCUUCAAAAUAAUAUACGAAGGUCAAAAUAUUUCCCUAGAACAUACAUAAAACUGUAUCACGAUAUCGCUAAGGCGAAGGCUCUCGGACAAUUGUAAAAUAUAUUAAUUUUAUAUUAUUCUAAAAAGGAGACGAAGGUUUGUCAAGGCACCGAGGAUCUAUUUAGAUUGCGGCCCGAUUCCCAUUUCCAACGCUAUAAAUAUGAAUCGGACUGCAG